AUGCAUUCCAUAUACUCGAGAGCGAAUGCGUUGUUCGCCUUUAUGCUUUGGGUAUUGGCCGCGGUCACAUUCGCAUGUUUUCUCAGUACCACGUUCUUGGAUUAUUCGACUAAAGUGGAUAUCACUGUUAACAAUCCAAGAGUACGUUCAAUUGCUGACUACUCAUCAUCAUCUGAGAAAGCUGACUUGGGAAUGCUGGACUUCACCAUCUCUGGAGAUUUCACGAAGGCUUUCAAUUGGAAUGUGAAACAGUUGUUUGUAUAUCUCGUGGCAGAGUAUGAGACGCCAGAAAAUGCCCUGAACCAGGUGGUCCUUUGGGAUAAAAUCGUAUUGCGAAGCGAAAGAGUCGUGCUAGAUGAACGUCGUCUUCAAAGCAAAUACUAUUUCUUAGAUGAUGGCACGAACUUGCUCAAUCAUCCCAAUGUUACUCUUGUACUCAGAUACAACGUUGUGCCGAACGCUGGUUAUCUGAGGUUGUCUCAAGCAGAAGGGCAAGCGGUCGUUAAGUUCCCAGCCACAUAUACCACUAAGAAGCAUUAG